AUGACAACCGCCGAAUCGAGCCGCCUCCGGCUCGUCAACCCCAAGGGCACCGAAUUGCCCCAAUCCGAGUUCCACAUGAACGACCGCUCCGGCGGCCUCGCCGGCAAGCGCCUCGGCCUCAUGGAAAACUCCAAGGCCAACGCCGACAAGCUCCUCCAUGAGCUCGGCGACAUCCUCAACGAGCGCCACGGCUUCUCCGAGAUCAAGUACUACGACAAAGGCCACGCCAGCCUGCCCGCCAAGCCGGACAUGAUCGACUCCAUCCUGAGUGAGGUCGACUACCUCAUCACCGGGGUUGGGGAUUGA